CAGAGCUAGCAGCAGAGGAAACGCUCUCGCUCUCUCUCUCUCUCACACACACACACACACACACAUACAGAAUAAUACGAGAGCGCUAACGCAGAGGAAACACACACACACACGCAUGCACACAGAUACAGGCUCUCGCUCUCUCACACAACACAAUAACACGCAGAAAUAGAGAGAGACAGAGAGCCAGGGAGAGGAAGACAGGAAGAAAAACACGCGCAAGGAGGAGAAGGGGAGCAAAAACAAAAGGCAGAGAAGGACAGACAGCGAGAAGGAGAGAGAGAGAGAGGGAAAAAACGGAGGGAUAGAGAGAGGUGACGGGAGAGGUGGCUCGCCUCUCACAGUGCGGUGGAAGAGAGAUAGUACUGGGUGAAGAGGAGAGGAGCGAAGAGAGGGGAGGAGAGAAGAGAAGAGGGGAGGAUGUGAGAGGAUUGGGACUAAAACACUCCCUUUUCUGCUGCCUGCCUGCCUGUUUGCCUGCCUGCCUGCCUGCCUGCCAGAGAGAGCUUGUCUGCAGUGACUAUGCUACAAGGAGAUACACCAUGACACGGAAUCGAGGCUAGACUGGCAGCGGCUCAAAGAAGAGAUGAGACAGACGUCACCGAAACUCAGCUCCGCUUCAAGAAGAAAAAGCACACGCCCAUAUACAGACGCGUAUACUCAAAGAACACACUCACACACACACAUACAUACACACAAAUACACACACACAUACACACAAAUACACACACACACACAUCCUUGAUCAAAAGGCACACCGGUUCUGAGGGAGCCCAAGACAGACUGUGCUGACCACAGGAAGAACGAGAGAAGAGAAGACGGCACAAAAAGACAGAAAGUCAAAAAAGAGAGAAGGACACGGAGGAACCAGAAAAACAAGGAGAAGAGGCGUAGGAGUAGAGGAGGGGAGAGGAGAGGAGAGGAAAGGAAGGUGUAUGCAUGCGGAGAGUAGAGGUCGUUGAGGAACGUAGAGGUCGUUGUGGAGGUCGUGGGGAGGUCAUGAGGGAAAGAGGUGAAAGGUUGUUGCUAUUACCGACUGCCAAGCCUAAACUCCGCCACUACUGACCACCCAGUGUUCCUCCUGACCCCCCUACCCUUACCCAAACCCCCCUACCCUGACAAACACACACACACAAGGUCCCCACCCCUACCCCCCCACCCUGCACCCCACCUCAACCCGUGGACAGAGCCUCAUCUUGGGAGAGGCAAACUGAUAUGGUUCCCCUCCGUCCUGGAGCGAGUGUGUGUGAUGUCCAGUGCAGACCUAAAGACCUGCAGGGUCCUAUAGUUAUGCACUCGUGAAGACCUUUCAGAUACAUACUCGGGCCCUGUUGCUGCAAAAACACACAAACACACACACCACACACGCACACACACUGGCACUCACAAGGUUAAGGAUGAGUAGAACUUGAUGUGUGUGUGAUCAGUGUGUGUACUUGGAUCAGUUCCGUGAUCUCUUGGGUGUGAACCAGACGUUCCGUCUCUCCGUCCGUCCGUGGUGUGAGCCGUUCUUCAGUCCCUCUGGACUCUUGCUCGAAGAUAAGAAGGUAUCACAACGGAUUCAAUUUCGCCUCCCAAUACAUUGCAUUGGAUAUCUGACAUUUUGAAUUACUAUCAAUCAGACGCUGAAUGUCACUCUUUUUUAUGAAGACAUCAGAUUGGAUGAGCCACUACUCUCACGGCCUCAUAUAACAAACAAGUUUUAUUUGUUUUUAAAACCGUUUUUUCUUCCUCGUUGUCGCGGGUCUCGUGCCGCCUGCGCCACCGUCCCCACCAGCAGCGCUGCGUUCCGCGUUGCAAAACAUCAUGGGGUGCCGGCAGAGCCAGGAGGAGAAGGACGCGGCGCGGCGCUCGCGGCGCAUCGACCGGCACCUGCGCUCGGAGAGCCAGCGCCAGCGCCGCGAGAUCAAGCUCCUCCUCCUGGGCACCAGCAACUCGGGCAAGAGCACCAUCGUCAAGCAGAUGAAGAUCAUCCACAGCGGCGGCUUCAACCUGGAGGCCUGCAAGGAGUACAAGCCCCUCAUCCUCUACAACGCCAUCGACUCCCUCACGCGCAUCAUACGCGCCCUCGCCACGCUCAAGAUUGACUUCCACAACGCGGACCGUGCGUACGACGCCGUGCAGCUGUUUGCGCUGACAGGUCCCGCAGAGAGCAAGGGGGAGAUCACGGGCGAGCUGCUGGGCGUGAUGAAGCGGCUCUGGGCCGACGCCGGCGUGCAGGAGUGCUUCCAGCGCUCCAACGAGUACCACCUGGAGGACAACACCGCCUACUACCUGAACGACCUGGAGCGCAUCUCGGCGAUGGAGUACAUCCCCACCGUGGAGGACAUCCUGCGCUCGCGAGACAUGACCACCGGCAUCGUGGAGAACAAGUUCACCUUCAAGGAGCUGACCUUCAAGAUGGUGGACGUGGGGGGUCAGAGGUCGGAGCGGAAGAAGUGGAUCCACUGCUUCGAGGGCGUGACCGCCAUCAUCUUCUGCGUGGAGCUGAGCGGCUACGAUCUCAAGCUGUACGAGGACAACCAGACGAGUCGCAUGGCGGAGAGCUUGCGCCUCUUCGACUCCAUCUGCAACAACAACUGGUUCACCAACACCUCGCUGAUCCUCUUCCUGAACAAGAAGGACCUGCUGGCGGAGAAGAUCAAGCGCAUCCCGCUGACCGUCUGCUUCGCCGACUACAAGGGCCAGAACACCUACGAGGAGGCGGCCGUGUACGUGCAGCGGCAGUUCGAGGACCUGAACAGGAACAAGGAGACCAAGGAGAUCUACUCGCACUUCACCUGCGCCACCGACACCAGCAACAUCCAGUUUGUCUUCGACGCCGUCACGGACGUCAUCAUCCAGAACAAUCUCAAGUACAUCGGCCUCUGCUAGCCCAAUCACGGGCAGCCGUGGCAGGCCAUGGGGGGCCAUGGGGGCGGGACAUUGGCCUCUGCUAGCCCAAUCACGAGCAGGCCAGCCAGGGCAGCCAUGGAUGGGGGCGGGACAUCGGCCUCUGCUAGCCCAAUCAUGAGCAGGGAGGCCAUGGGGGCGGGACAUCGGCCUCUGCAAGCCCAAUCACGAGCAGCCAUGGCAGCCAUGGGUUAGGGUUGGGGUUAGGGUUUGAUUGGCUGGAAAUGAUAGUGGAGCUGUUGACUGCUAUGGCUACUGGCGUGAGGACAUGGAGGCUGCAUGCUUCUAAUGCACCUCUGCAGAAGAGAGAAGGAUGAGAGAGAGAAAGAGUGAGACACAGAAAAAAAACAAGAAGAAAAAAAAGAGAAGAGCUCUGUUGUCUGUAUAAAAAAAGAAAUGAGCUCUUUUGUCUGUGUAAUCUCUCUCUCUCUCUCUCUCUCUCUCUCUCUCUCUCUCUCUCUCUCUCUCUCUCUCUCUCUCUCUCUCUCAAGGUCACCAGUAUGGGGUGUAACAGGUGGCCAAAGUCACAAGGUCUCUGGAAUGGGGUUGUUACUGAGCGUGUACACCAGAAAGGACCUAAGCUACCUGUGUGACAGAGAUCUUUGAAUUUUCACAAUGAAUUUGCUUUAUUCGCUCUGGAUUCGGACAUUGACAUGCUUGAUUUAGCUUAUCACAUAACGGCUCAUGCGGACAUUCGGAGAUAUGAACAUUCCAAUUGGUUUUCGCCAAACCGCAUCAUAGCUCAUUACCAUAAUAUUAGCUUGACAUCAACAGCUGAAAUUCGCUCUGGUCACCCAGGUGGCUUCGCUCUCAGCGAAUUCGCUUUGGUCAUUUAAUUCGUCGAUCCUCCAUAGAGAAAUAUUGACUUGCAUCACUCUGGUAGCCUAUAGGUCGCUUUUGGUGUACACAUGGCAUAAGGAGAGACCAAGGUCACCAGUAUGGUUCAAGGGGUAGCUAAGGUCACAAGGGGUAGCCAAUGACCCACCAGUUGGGCUGUAAGUAGUGGCCAAGGUCACAGUCCAAACUAGUGGGAGAUGGGACUUCUCCCACCUACUAAGAAAAAGUGGGAAGUGGGACCUCCUACUAGCGAAGUAGGGGGAGCUUGCAUUACUUCCUCCUCAAAAUAAUGAAGCCGGAGGAUAAUGGUGGCACCAAUGGAGCCAGGUGAAUAAAUAAGCUUAACUUUCUCUAUUUCUCUUUGUGUGCAGUUGUUCCAGACACAGUCAUUUUAACUCAACAUCUUCUACGUGUUAAAGCAUGAUAUUCUGUCAACAUAAAUGUAUCACACACCAGAAAUAAUCGCUAUUCUUCCUCUUUUGGCUCGUAUCAAAACACCUUGCUAAAGUCAGUUAAAUCGCGACUGUUGCUAUGCUACGGUUGCUAUGCUACGGUUGCUAUACUACGGUUGCUCCCACUUCAACUGCCUGGAACGCCUUGAGGUGGGAGCUGAAAUAAUGCAGGCAGGAGAAGUCCUGUCUCCCACUAGUUUGGACUGGGUCCGGAAUGCGUGGCCAAGGUCACAAGGUCAGCGAGUAUGGGGUCUCCAAGGUCGCGGGUGAUGGCGAGGUCAUGAUGGGACAGCGCCCCUCUGGUUUGAGUGACUGGUAUGAGACAGUUGCCAACCCCAAAGGGUCCAGACCAGUUUUUUUUUUACAAGCUUGACAUUAAUUAAUGUGUUUGCACUGAAUGACUAUAUGUGUAUGUAGAGACUCACACAUGCACACACAUGACAUGCUCACAUACUCUGGCGUGCUCACAUACACACACACACACACACACACACACACACACACACACACACACACACACACACACACACACACACACACAGCCACACACACAGACCACUCGACUUUAUGUUUGUUCGCACCUAAGGACUUGGGAUCAAUAGUCAAGCGCUUGUUUGACAUGGAAACACUGGAAAACAAAGUCAAGCCACUCGCCCACCCCCCUACUGAACCCCCCUGCCCUCCACUCGCCUACCCCCCAACU